UGUUCCCUAGUCCCAUAAAUGUUCCAUCAUACUAGCUAAAGGCUCCACCCUCCUGUCAAACCAAAGGAUGCAGGAUGGGGCAGGAGCAGGCAUUCUUCUGUCUAUUUGACUCCCUCGAUGAGUCAGCCCUGCUCAGUCUGGCAUCCCUGAAAUAAACCAAGGAAUAACGUGAAGCAGGUGUUCCCCGCAGCUAGGCAGUUGGUGAGGGAACAGCACCACCUCACUAAACGGUUGCAUCCACUCACUGCUGGCUACAUUUUGUUAGCUAGUAUCAUUUAAAAAUGUGCGAACCAGGGAUGAGCUUGCUGCCAUCCCCUACCUCCUCAGGGACACAAGUUCAGGUGCCGGGGACCCACAAAGGAUGGCUCUUCAAGUGGACCAAUUAUCUGAAGGGUUAUCAGCGGCGGUGGUUCGUCCUUAGCAACGGCCUGCUGUCAUACUACAGGACUCAGGCGGACAUGGCACACACCUGUCGUGGCACCCUUAGCCUGGCCACAACGCACAUCGAGGUGGGCGACCACUGCCAUCUGGUGCUUAGCAGUGGUGGUCGGAGCUACUACCUGAAGGCCAGCUCUGAAGGGGAGUGUCAGCGUUGGAUCUCUGCCCUCCAGCAGGCCAAAGCCAACACCACUCACAUGAUGCACCACUCAGAUGACUCUGGCGAUGAGGGUCCCGUCUCGCAGGCCGAGCGCACCCUGACGCAAGGCGCUCUCAAGACGCUCGCCAGCAAGCUCGAGGACCUGAGCACGUGCAACGAGCUCAUCGGCAAGCACGGCGCCGCCCUCCAGCGCUCGCUGGGCGAGUACGAGGAGUUCCACGCUGCCACCGAAGGCGCUAGUGACAAGCUCAAGGCCGUCAACGAGCGCGCCGCCCUCUUCCGCAUCACCUGCAAUGCUAUGGUCAAUGCAUGCCGGGACUUCCUGGACCUAGCGGAGUUGCAGAGCCGGCGGUGGCAGAGAAUUCUGCAGCACGAGAGGGAACAGCGCCACCACCUGGAGGAAACCAUUGAGCAGCUGGCAAAGCAACACAACUGCCUGGAGCGGGCGUGGAGGGAGGCGCCCAACCCACACGCAGAGGGGGCUGAGGGGGAUGAGAGUGACGAGGAUGAGAACACAGAGUUCUUUGAUGCCAUGGAGGACUCUCCCGCCUUCAUCACAGUGACCUCGCCAGAGCACAACAAGCACAGACUUUCAAGUAGCGGCCAGAGCAUGAGUGGUGGGUUGGUUACCGACUGGAGUCAAGAGCAUAACUCCUCUGACUCAGGCCAGCUGCGCAGAGCCCGACGGACCCGCAUCCCUGACAAGCCCAACUACUCCCUCAACCUAUGGAGCAUCAUGAAGAACUGCAUCGGCAAGGAGCUGUCCAAAAUCCCCAUGCCCGUGAACUUCAACGAGCCCCUGUCCAUGCUCCAGCGUCUGACGGAGGACCUGGAGUACUCGGAGCUGCUGGACCGGGCUGCCCACUGCUCCACGUCUCUGGAGCAGAUGUGCCUGGUGGCGGCCUUCUCCGUCUCCUCCUACUCCACCACAGUGCACCGCACCGGCAAGCCCUUCAACCCGCUGCUGGGGGAGACCUAUGAGCUGGACCGCCUGGAGGACUACGGCUACCGCUCCCUCUGCGAGCAGGUGAGCCACCACCCCCCGGCGGCGGCCCAUCAUGUGAUGUCCCAGCGGGGCUGGACCCUGUGGCAGGAUAUCACCAUCGACAGCAAGUUCCGUGGGAAAUACAUCUCUGUCAUGCCACGAGGCUACAUCCAUCUGCAGUUCCACUCCAGUGGUAACCACUAUGUCUGGGGCAAGGUCACCUCCACAGUGCAUAACAUCAUCGUGGGGAAGCUUUGGAUCGACCAAUCUGGGGACAUUGAAAUAGUCAAUCGUCGGACGAAGGACACUUGCCAUCUGAAGUUCUCCCCCUACAGUUAUUUCUCCCGGGAUUCCCCUCGCAAGGUGACGGGGGUCGUGAUGGACAGUGAGGACGCAGCCCACUACAUACUGUCCGGCACGUGGGACGAUAAGAUGGAGUGUGCCAAGAUAGUUGACAGCAGUGGCGGCGGCUGUGGGGGCCCUGACGUUCGGCAGAAGACCGUCUACCAGACCCUUCCUGCUAAACUACUGUGGAAGAAAUACCCACUGCCAGAUAACGCGGAGAACAUGCACUACUUCUCGUCGCUGGCACUGACUCUGAACGAGCCCGAGGAUGCCGUGGCCCCGACGGACAGCCGGCUCCGCCCCGACCAGCGCCUGAUGGAGGAGGGGCUCUGGGACGAGGCCAACGCCCACAAGCAGCGUCUGGAGGAGUCUCAGAGGCUGGAUCGACGCAAGAGGGAAGCGCAGACUGCCAUCGCGCUGGACGAAGGCCGAGACAUCGACAGUUACCAGCCCCUGUGGUUUGAGAAGAGGUCAGACCCUGACAACGGGAACAGCAGCUAUGUGUACCGUGGAGGCUACUGGGAGGCCAAAGAGAGCCAGGACUGGAGCCAGUGCCCCAAGAUCUUUUAGGGGGAGCCAGUACGUGCAGCGAGCGGUCAUGGAGUUACUCGGGACAGCAAGGCCACAGAGAGCUGAUGCUGGGCCUGCGUGGGUGUGUUCGACAUGACACAUAAGUGUGCGUAACAAAACAAAACAAAACACAUUUAAAAACAUCUGAGAACAGACUGUGUUGUUGUUUUUUUUCUUUCAUGAGCUCUGUCUGUACAAAGGAAAGCUCUGUCUUGAGAUCAGUCUGUACAAACACAAAGUGUGUAUGGUUUGGUGUGGUGUGGUGUGGUGAAGUGAAGUGAAGUGAAGUGAGGUGAGGUGAGGUGUGCGUGCGUGCGUGAGUGUGUGUGUGCGUGCGUGUGUGCGUGCGUGAGUGUGUGCGUGUGUAUGCUGUGUUCUUUUUUUUUCAUUUGUGUGUGUGACAAAAAACAAUAUUGCAUGAAAAUAAGUUGUAGACGCCAGCCGUGAGCACUUUACUUAAACACUGAAAUCACUGGAACCGAAACACAGUACAGGCGGCACACAUGCGCUGCGUGAAGCAGUUCAUUGAGAGUCUAGAAUGGGUGAGUGCCUAAACCUGCCGACGCAUUUCCUGGAGUGUCAGCGCUUCUCAGAUUCUAGCUCUCAUGUCAGUGUUAAAGACAUCCUCAUAUCCAGUUUGAUAUAAGAAUGUUUUCACAUCAUAUAUGGAUGCAAUUGUGCAAUUUUCUGCCUGCAACAACAUUUGCAUUAGUAUAUCAUCUGUGUUGCUGCAACACAUAUGAACUGUUUUGGGUGAAGUAACACAGCUGGAAAAAAACACACUGUGAUUCAGCAUCUUCAGUUAUUUACAUUUAUAACACUUCACGUGAAUUAUUAAAUGACGUCUGACAUGUAAUGGAAUUACGUUUGAUUAAGUCUGAACCCCAGGCUUCAGAAAAUAAAGUGUUUAAUAUGAA